AUGGGCAAGUCUAAGAAACCGAGUCGUCGGUCAGUCGUUGUCAAUGACUUGCUGAACGAUAACGACGAAAGAAGGAUGUUGCAAGAAAGCGAUAGUUCUGAAGAUGAUGAACUCCAGCUUCUUGAAGACGAUUCCCAAGUUAAAGAAUUUCCCAGUACACUAAAUCUUCUGCGUGAGUAUGAAAUCAAAGUAGGUUCUUUCAUCUUGUUUAGACAUUUUCAGCUGAUUUUGUUUUUCUUUUACUAUUCGUAUUCUUAAUGCAUCUUUUGUACAGGUCCCGGAGUACAAAAAUGUGUUGGAAGUGGCUCAAAGUUUUUCGGAUGCUCACGUGUCCGUACUUCAGCAAAUGUUACAUCGACCGCACAUGAAGGUAGUUCCAACCAUAAGAAACUCGAUCAAGAUCAGUUUUCAGCUGAAGCAGUUCUACAUAUCUUUCGUUAACUACGUUUUUACAGUCCAAUACAAAUGUGACCAUCGUACUUAUUUUAAUUUUUUAUCUUGUUUUUAGUGCAUCCGAAUGUGGUGAAGUAUUUCAAAGCUGAUACAGAAGAGCUUCGGGCUUUGGCCGUUGUCGUGAUUAAAAUAAUCAAUACUGAAAUCCAUCAAAAUGAUCAGGUAUUUUUUCUCAACCGCUUUUUCCUGAAGGAAUUUUCAGUUCUAUAAUGAUGCGGAGACCGAUGUCAAUCCAACUGAUUUGCAAGGAAAAAAGGUUUUUCUUUGAUAUUUCACAGUUUCCGUUCAUGCGAGUUCAGAAUCGCCGUCGGUCUUCAGAACAUAGUGGUGGGGAAGAAGAAGAGGAAGAAGAAGAAGAAGAAGAAAUGGGCUGUGACCUCGGAUAUCGGCUGGCAUUGGCUACCGAUGAAGAAAGUGGCCACGAGUCGGUGCUUCUGUUGUCUGAAGUUCAAAGCUCAAAAGCUCUAGAAGAUAUUGUCGAACUUACGUAAGCUUGAGAAUGGAAAUAUUAAAUCUACUGUUUUUUUUAGAGGCGCUGAGUUAAACUUCUGGUGGCUGAUUGUGGACGAAAUGAUGCACAAUUUCGGAGAGGCUAAGAUUCAGUGGGUUCAUGACGUUGCCAGAACUGUACAUUCUUCUCUCACUCCAGUUCGAGUUUCGAAGCUUUUACAGCGUUUGUGCCAAGACAAGUGGAUAAAAAAGGUUUUUUUUUUUUGAGUUUUUUCAUGUUAAACCAGAAAAUCCCAGGCAAAAUCACACUAUUCUAUUCAACCACGAACUAUAGCUGAAUUGAGUCCUUUUUUGCGCCGUGAGUAUGAUUUGCCCGUGUGCAGCGUCUGCAACCAGCUAGUCAUCAGGUAUUUUUGUUCCUCUAUUCCGGCAGACGUCUGAUUUUUGCUCAGAUCUUACUUGGGGCCGAAAUGCGAGCAGUGCAACUUUUUCAUUCAUAAACACUGCUGGGAAAAGUUUUUUUUUCACGAUUUUUGAGAAUAUAACUGUGAUCGUUGAGGAUAUCGAAAAUUUCACAGGACAAUUUGGUUGGCUGCCCUAAGUUCGGUUGCGGUGCUCAUCUGGACAGCAAGAAGGUUAGAAAUUUUAAUCUUAUCACCACAUGAUGUCUUUUCCUGUUCAAUCAAUCAAUCAAUGUUUAUAUUUUGUUUUAGUCGUAGAUGUAAUGGAAAGACAAGAAAUAUCAAGUUAAGCCGCCUUUGGAAAUCUAGAAUUCCUAAUGUGUAGUCGAAAGAGUUGAAAGCCUGAUCUUACGGUCCUUCGCCUCGUUUUUCUGCGUUUAGUCUAUCCAGUUGCGCCUUGAAAAGAGCUUUUAGUAGAGACUUCUCACGGAGUUCAGUUUCAGAGAUCAUCCAUUUUUCAGGUCGAUGAGCAAGUCAAGGAGAACGUCAGACAGAAGAAAGAGCGAACAGCGGAACACUCGGAUCCAUUGAAGUUCGCGAUUAAAGUCGCUUCUUUAGUCGCAACUGAGGAAACCGAAGAGGAUCCUGUUUCAAAGGUUUGAAUAAAAAGAAAAAGUUGAGCAAAAUUAGUUUGUAACAGAUUUCUAAAAGAAAAACGGCCAGCGAUAGAGAUACAGUGGAGGACGAAGAAAUGCCAGAAGUUGGAGAUGACGGGGUCAAGGUGGAGGAAGAUUCUGACGACGCGCAGCCGAAGCGCAGAAAGUCAAAAGUUGCACGGAGAAAAUAGAAAAAUUAUCGAAAACAUGAUUUGACAGUUUAUUUAUGUCGCCUCUGAAGAAGUAUUUCAUUUAGGCGGAAAAGAAAAUGAUCUCUGACUCUCCAAAAUUAUCGUUAUCUUUCUCAUUUCUCUGAAAUAACUUUGAAUGUUGCAUAAUUUUUCAUACGGUUUUUUAGAUUGGAUAUCUUGCCACAAUGAUUUAUAUUUCUGUGAGAUCUCGUUCAAUGAAGUUUUUUGAAAAUUUUAAACGUCUGAUGAUGAUUUUUCGCGGUAACCUUGGUCACCAAAUAUUGUGAUAAUUCAAUUUCUUAAUUGGAAUUUCAGGUAUUUGGGAAAACAAAGAUGAUCAAUAUGAAAGGAAAAAAAUUUUCUGAAAAAGAGUGUCUGUAAAGUUUGAAGGCCUUGUAAAGAUUUUUGAUAGACCUUUUUUAUAGCUUUUUGUUGGAGAUAAUUCUUGGUGAGAAAAAAAUAAGUCCAUUAGAUAUUUAGUUAGAAAAGAAGCAUAGAUGAUGUCCUAAAAGCAACUAUUUUUAAAGAUUGAAUUUUUUUCGUAGCCAUUAUCUUGAAGAUGCCUUCUAUCUGACUCUGCGAGUCUUUUUUUUUUUGUUAGAAAGGAGAAAUCACCUUGUUUUGGCUUUUUGAACAGCCCCAAUUAAUAUUUCAAGCUGCUUCUCUCAGAUUAGUUCAAUCUAGUUUUGAACGGUCAAUUCGAAUCAGUUUACAGGGAAAAGCCAAUAAAAAAGUUGCGCACAUGGAGAAUAUGAAGCCCUCGAAAAAGUUAGUUUUCUUUCCUUUUUUGUCCUUCUUACUUUCUCAUCAAAGACCCAAAAAAGCAGCGUUCUUUUUUUAGACUUGCGACUGACAAGUUUUGUGAGGAGAUAGCUGCUUCAAUAACUUCUAUGGUCUCGAUGUGCCCGAAGGAAGACGUUAGGAAAAAGGCUUUUGAGCUUUUAGGCUAGUUCUUGAGUUUAGACUAUUAAAAACUCUUGCAAAAAAAAAAAAUUAAUAUUUUAUUAAAACUUCGUAAUUAUUUUAAAAACUGUCUCAUAAUCUAAAAAGUUGUAGGUAUCGAAAUGAAUGAUAUAGCAGGAUUAUCGAGAGAAAUAGAACAGCUUGCAUCUUCGUUUUUCAACCGGGAGAGUAUCGAAGGAAGGUCCUCAUUUACAUUUUUCAUCUCUUCGAAACUUGAAAUAGUUUCAGAAAAAUUGGAGAAUCUUUAGAGCAAAUUUGUUCGCAAGAAAUCGGCUCUUCGCAGACGUCCAGCUCUUUCGAAUCCGAGAAACUUGACUCCGAUAAAACUUUUUUCUCGGACGAGGUCUGCAGAACUGGGUUAAAUUAACGGUUUCGGCUUAGGAAUUUUUCUCGGGCGAAGAUGACCUCAGAUCCGAAUUUUUUGCUGCACCAUCCGGGGACAGUACUCCACUUCUUCGGAAGGUUGGUUUUUCCUUCCUCACAAAGAUAAAGAUGCCGUUUUCUGUCAGCAAGAUAUUCAAACGUCAUCUCCCAGCUUGAGGUUUCACCGGACAUGGCGAUCUCAGACCCGUUGGAAAUUGUUUGAGUCUUUUCUUUGAUACUGGAAAAGAGUUUUUAUUUUCAGACUCCGGCCUUGAAUGACAUUUUUUCUUCGCUGGCCACUCCUCCGAGAAUUCAGAACCGCGCGUUUUCGAGCCUCUCUGUGUGGUCUAACUCAAGCAGAACGUUUUUUGGAGAGUUUUCGAUGAAAGUUCCCUCGGUGUGGUCUGAGGACGGGUCUUCGGAGCAGGUCGCUCCUCUGCUUAAUCGUUUUUCCUCCUCUCUCUGGUCUUCUAGCUCUGAGAAAAAGGUUUGAGAGAGAGUUGAACACAAAAUUACUUAAGGAAGAUAUUAAAAAAACCUGACUUAGAAAAUUCCAACCUUGAAAAACAAUAAAAGUGGAGUACCUUUCGUUCUAUGCAGCUCGAUGAUUUCUGACCUGUCUGCGUCUAUUUUCUCUCACCGGCGAAGUUAGAGAAAAUUGGAAAUAGAAUGUAAAAAUAAGAGCGUCACUGAGAGAAAAAAGGGCGUGGAGAAGUCUAGCCGUUUCAAGUUGUGGCGAAAGAGUUGUUUCUAUUUAAAGUUACCCUUUCAAACGAGAAGCGUCAAGAUCGGGCGUUCGUCAUUUUGAUAGUUGUCGGGAAGCAGCACGCGUUGUUAUCCUAGUUGUACAGUCCCCCAUUCCUUCUGAUCGAAGUAAAUCUUCAUUGAGAUAGGGGAAAGCGUUUGAGAAUUCUUGAAAAUUAUGAUAGUAUAUUGCCUCCUUACUCGGGCAGGUUUUCUGUCUAUCGAUUGACAGUACCGUCAAAAAGAAAAAAGCUGCGUUUUUUUUUUGCGAGAAUUUUGUUUUUCUCCCAGAUUCCGGCUCUAAAUGGCUUGGUUUCGUCGUUCUAUACCCCUCCAAGAAAUGAGAUGCGCAAGUCCUCGAAUUGGUCUGAUUCGAGUCUGACAUGGUCCGAAAGCCCGCCCAACCUUUCUUCAAUGGAAGUUAUGCCUGCCUGGUCGGAGAACGGCUCUUCUGAGCAAGUCGCUCCUCUGCUCCAGCGUUUCUCCUCUUCCCUUUGGUCUUCUUAUUCUGAGAAAAAGGUUUGAGAAAAUAUAAUCGUUUGAACAAGUACCGAUUUGCUUCUAUAUCAAUGAGAGAUAACUUUCAAUUUUCAACUCAAAAGCACCCCAAGCCUGAUUUAAGAAGAAAUCGUUUAGACUGUGAACUUGCCGUAGAACUAUCUAUUCUAAAAAUUCCAGAGUAACGCAUUUUUUCCAGAACAGCCAAUCACAGCGUCGUAUUCCAGUAACGCACCGAGUCGACACAGUUUGGUCGGUGGAUGGUUGCGAAGAACCUUGA